ACCAGCGCUCCCCCCUCGAUCGCGGCGCCAAGCUCCUCGCGCGAGAUAUAUACGAUUGCGCGCCCAAAUCUGCCCGCGUUUCGCCUCCCCGCGCGGGAAACGUGAGCCAAUCCUACCCCCUCUCCCGAAGUGCCGUUCCCCAGCUCGAGCUGCUCCCAAAACCCAAACCCUAGCAUCGAUCCCCCUUCCCCCCGUCUCGCCUCCUCGCUCGUUUCCAUGGGCGGAUCUGCUGAUCCCGAGGCGCCGACGCCGUCCCCAUCGCCUUCCCCGGCGAAGGCGACUCCUUCGCCCGCUUCCGCGGACGGGAUGCGGUUGCGGCGGUGCGUGCAGUCUAAGCUCUCGUGGGGACCUCCCAAGGCAGGCGGGGGCGGGCGGAUCGGCGGUGGAUGCGGAGGAGAAGCAGGAGCAGGAGGUGCCGGUGUCCCUCCCCUGCCCGUGGGCGAUGGGGCACCGGAGAAGCGGGGUGGCGAGACGCCGGAGAAGGCAAAGAAGAGAGGAAGGCCGCGGAAACCAGAGGCCGGCACGAAGCUGUCCUCUAGCAAAGAAACAACUGGUCUGGAACAGGAUAGCAAGGAUGAACUAAUCUUGGUUGAUGAAAGCCCUCGGAAAAAGCAGAGGAAAGGCAGGGGUAAGAAUCAGGGUGCAGCACUGAAGGUUCCGAACAGAAAGUACUGCAAGGCAUUGGAAUCUACUGAUGGUCAUGAAAGUUGUCAGCAACUAUGCAGUAAUCAGACUCAAGCUGUCUUGCCUCAAGCAUCACCCAUAUUAGUUGAUAUUGAUUUGAUGACUGUCCCAUCUAAAGCAUGUCUGGUUAAUAAUAAUGUUGAUGCGCUAGACAAUGAAGAUAUACCACAGUUGAGAGUUGAUCUAAGGUCAGAGGCAAAGAUAGCUGCAGAGGAAAAUCGGAGGCUAUCGUCUGGAAAGGAAAUGCAUCCAUUUUUUGCUUCCCGGAAAGCGCACAAAGAUGCUGGCCAAGAUGUUCUUAAUGUUGAGGAUGAGGAUAUGGAUUCAGUUCAUGCUUUUGAAAGAGAGCCACCUUUCUGGCCUAUUCAUGUUUUGUAUGAACUGGAGGCCACCAUGCCAAUUCAAUGGAGCAACAAAUGGUUAAUUGCCAAAGAAUCUUUUCUUGGCACUAGUACCACUAAGCAGAAUUGUGCAGAGCAUGUGGAUCCAGGAAAUGAUUUGCCUAACUUUCAUGGCAAAGAAAACAAAAGCAAGUUUUCUUCUCUGGAUGUGAUUGAUGUUGAUGAUGAGCGCAUGCUAACAUCUACUUCCUGUUGCCGUACUUCUCUUUUUGAAAGCAAACAACAGGAGAGGGUACAGCAUGAAUUGCCUGGAGUCAAUCUGAAAGGCUGUCAGCUGGCUUAUCACCUAUGGACUGACAAGUACCGGCCUGAAACUGCUGCCCAGGUUUGUGGUAAUGCCGAUCAUGUAAAAUUCCUCAGUGAAUGGCUUAAAGGGUGGGACGAAAGAGGUCACAAAAAUAAACAAAAUAUAUUCGCUAAUGGAUGCAUGAAUGGCAGAUCCUGUCAAGAUGGAUCUGAUACAGAUUAUUCAGAAGAUGCUUCUGAUUAUAAGAACGUGCUUCUAAUUACUGGACCAGUUGGGUGUGGAAAAUCAGCCGCAGUUUUUGCAUGUGCGAGAGAACAAGGAUUCAAUGUAAUUGAGGUAAAUACAUCCGAUAUGAGAAAUGGGGCUUAUGUAAGGCAGAAGUUCGAGGAAGCAACUAAAUCACAUGGUCUGGAAAAAUGGUCGCAAGAGGAUAUCAUCAGUCUACCAAUAAGCAAUUCCAUAGAUCCAGCUUCAGGGACUCCAGGCACAACUGAAUUCAAACAAGUCAUUAACAAGACCCUCAUCCUAUUUGAAGAUGUAGAUACUGUCUUUGAUGAGGAUCGUGGAUUUAUUUCAACUGUACUUAAGAUGGUGGAGACUACAAAAUGGCCAAUCAUAUUGACCAGUAACAAGAAAGAUCCGCCAUUGCCUCAUCUCUUGGACCAGCUAGCAUUGGAUUUCACAUACCCAUCAUCCGCAGAGUUACUUUCACAUGUCGACAUGAUAUGCAAGUCUGAAGGAGUGGAAAUCAGUGUUCCUCAACUGCAGCAUAUAAUAGAUGUUUUUUUUGGUGAUAUUAGGAGAACAAUGACACUUUUGCAAUUUUGGUAUCAAGGCAAGCAACAAUACACAGAGAGGUUGAAUAGGUGCAUGUCCUGUCCUUCUCUACUUGAUUUGGAUUUAGUGCAUUCUACUGUACCAAAAAUACUGUCUUGGGGCUUCCCUUGUAAAUUAUCAGAGACAAUAUACAUGGAGAUAGACAAAACAAUCAUGUUAGCUGAAGAAAAGAAAAAACAGAUGGAACUAUCAGACUUCGAAAGCCUCAAAUUACAAAUAAUAACACCUUUGACCAAGGAAAGAAGUGCUGAUAAAACAAGAAAGCCCAAGAAAUCCAAGUUAAAGCGUGGCUGCUCUGCUGAGUCUAAUGAUGUUUCACCUUGUAAGAAUGACCUCGACGACUUCCAUGAUAGUCCAGAUGUCUCUCUUGCAUCCAGUCAUCAAAGAAUAAAAGUUAGGCGUGGAACAGUUUUGUUUUCUGAGUCUGAUGAUGAUCUAGCUGAUGCACAUACUGCCAAAGAUGCCACAUUUGUUGUUCAGGAAGGUAAUUUGCUCCCAGAAUCUUCAGAACUGCCCUGUUUACAUGGGCAUGGCAUAUCCAGCAUUGUUCCACAAAGUCUGUUCUUUGAACAAUCAUCUGUGCCUCAUUUGCACAGGGAAGUGAUUUCAAAUCAAUUUUGUUUUCCUAGCGAAUCAAGGGCCUUCGAAACUGCCAGUUCUUUCCAAAACCAGUUUGAAAGCAAUAUGCCUGGGUCCAUUUCACAAAUAUGUGAUACUUUUAUCUCUCAGGGCAUGAUGUCGUAUGUGCCUGAAUCAUCUUACAUAAUUGGGGGGACAUCUGCAUCAAUCAGCAGUGGUGAUCUUUUAUCAAGUCUAGUGUCCAAUGGUAUGUCUGCCCUUCAUAAUGACAGUACUUACACUGCAUCCAGAGUGGAACCAGAAGACACUAAGAAGGUGGAGAAUCAAAUGCCUGAUGAACCUCAGAAGUGCAUGGAAGAUGAAGUUGGCGAGACUUGUGAGGCCUAUGUGGAAUUGCCUGACAGGAAUGAACAUGCAAGCUGUUCAAUUACAGGAUAUCAAUUGAUGGAUGAGUGCAGUCGUGCUGAAAGUGGCUGGUUGCUUUCAGGGAAAAAGAACAAUGACUCCAGCAAGGUUGAACAUGUACAAGAUACUUGGAAUCGGCUACGGCAGUGCCAUCCUGCACUUCCAUGUGACAUGUACAACAACAGAUCAGUUUGUAGAGCUUUGAAGUGUGUUUCAAGAGUGUCUGAUUUUAUAUCAGAAUCAGAUCUUAUGCUCACCUGCUGCCACCCUUUUAGUAAUGACAUUUCAGAUCCAUCUUUAACUCCUUACCCUGAGCCAGAUGGCUUCUCCUCGUACAGCAAGCAGCUUGAGAUGGGAUCUAUCUACGCACAGCAUGCUCUGUGCAUUUUUACAAAGGAUUCCCAAGAUACGGAUGUUGGUUUUGUUGAUUUGUCACAAGAGUUAUUGUUUAACGGUACAACUACCGCAUCUCUAGGUAAACUUAUUAGCUCUGGAAUCAGCUGCGGCGUUGGAUCUGGGAACAUUUGUGAUAUAAAGUAUCCAACAAGUUGUAUUUCUAAGAGAAGGGAUCAAAAAGCUAGUCUUUGUGAAAUCCUGCUUCCAGUGGUUCCUCCUAAGCUAUCUCAGUGGCUGAGAGGCCCUGCUUUUGUUGAUUAUUUGUCUUCGAUGAGUCGGAUUUCACGUUUAGAAAAUAUGCAACUUUCUGAAUGUAAAGCCUCGAGCAAGCAAAGAAGGUGUCGUCAGCCGAGACGUUACUUGAGUUCUGGCGCACUUCCACUGUCUGCUCAAGAUAUUGAAUUAUUAUCCCAAAGCAGCUGUUUCCGCGACAGACGGGAGAGCGAGAAGAUUACAGAGCAAGCGAUUCCCUAGGAGUAUAUAAGUUAAUGAUCUGGUUGAUAUAAGCGGCAACCUUUUUUUGCCAUCUUGUUUAGAGGCGAUAGGAUAAUGAGCUGCCCUAGAUGGCUCAUUCUUAUAUUCACAAUUCGUGACCCGUAGCCAAGUGGUGAAGUCUGGUCCAUAGUGGGCUGAGCUGACGAUACCAAUGUGUUCGGUUGUAUAAUGUAAAUGCAUGUUGUUAUC